AUGGGGGGCUGUUCUGCACAGCAGCCUGAAGGGGGCCAGCCGGAGCUGCUAAGACUGCAACACGAGCAGCAACUGCUGCGUCGGCAACAGGAGGCCUUGCACCGCCUGCUGCAGCAGCAAAAGCGAGACCGCUGCGACUCGAGCGAUGAUGAGGAGACUCUAGCCUUCUUCCCCAGACAGCAAGAGCUUCCGCAAGCGAGUGGCAGCUUCGGGAGGGCCCCCCUUGAAGCCACAGAGCACACAUCACCUGUGGCUCUCCCUAGUCAGCCGCUGCAAUCCGAACAACAGCCGCCUGAGCAAGCAAUGGCAACGUGCGGUGCUUGGCGUCCUCGAGAGCAACACAAGCAACCGCAGACGGUGGGCAACCAGAAGCUGCACACGCGAGAGGAGCUGAUGCAACUGCUGCAGCCCGGUACUGCGGCAGAAAGAGCACGACAGCAGCUGCAAGGCGCUGUUGGAGUUCCCGUAUAUGGCCUCGGCGUUUACUGCUUAAAGCUCAUUGGGGGCUUUACUGUGUGCGCAGCGACAAACCACCAAAUCCUGUGCGAGUGGUGCGCUCUACGUCACUUUGGAUGCGCCGAUGGCUCCUUGGCUUUAUUAAGGGACGCCCUCUUCAUUGAGGAUAUUGGGGGCCUCUUGUUGCAUGCCAAGCGUCAGAGACUGCGUCACGCCUUUGCUCCUGCAUUGGCUUUGAGCGCUUCGCACAGGCGGCCUGUAGAAGCCACCACUGCUACAUUGAGACGCUGCGUCCGGGAGGCGGUAGUGCAGCUACUGCCGUCUCAGAGAGCGGCUGCAGCAAGCGCCGUGGCUCGAAACGCCCUGGUGGCGGGUGUGACAAGGGCCUGUCUUCAGGGUGGAGUUGCGGAGAGUCCGCUGAAUGAGGCCUUUCAAGUGCUUACUGCGCCUCCGUUUGAGCGGCUUUUGCGCUUGAUGGGACCUAGUCUCUUUGCAAGACUCCUCAAUUGCAUCGUCUUCGUGACGGAUAGAGAUCUUGAACGAGGCGAGUUGCAGACGACGCGUCUGGUGUACGUGCAGGUUUGUGGCCGGCCGCUUACCAAUGGCGUUGUAGAGGCGCUUGCUAGAGAUCACAGGGCUGCGCGAGAAGCGAGGGAACGCUUGCAUUUGCUGCAGCAGUUGCACGGGCAGAAGAACGCGGCUGUUGAAGAUCAACAACACGCAGACAGAAGCACCAUCUGCACGCUCGACGCUGCGCUCAGUUCGUGCAGUAGCAAACGAGACAAAAGCCGUUGCCGAGCAGCGCGACGGCGGGCAGCAGCCACGCUGCGACGGCGGUGUCGGCCCCAAAGCAGGCAGCACUCGCAGCAGCAGCCACAACAAAAGGGGGGGCAGGGGGAGCGUGUGCGUCCACGUGAACUUGAGGUCCCUCGCAAUGCCAUCCUGUAUCACCGAAGUUUCUCCAGACUUGGGGGGCUUCCUCGGAGCGCCGUAAUAGCUGCUCUUUGCCGUGUGGAGCCGCGAUCACGCAUGGAGCCUCCCCCGACGGGCGCACGGGCGGACGUCCCCGUUGCGGGCUGCAAGGACAUGGCUGCUUGCAGUGCUUCCCUCGGCUGUCUCCCUGCAGCACCGGGCGCUGCCUACGGAACCCCUGGGUAA